AUGGUGCCCCUGCUGCUGCUGCUGGCCCUGCUGUGGGGGUGGUCCCUGCAGGAGGACCGAGGGGUCGAGCUGCGCGUGCAGGAAUCAGUGACGGUGCAGGCGUGCGGGGGCGUCCACGUGCCCUGCUCCUUCUCCUACCCGGGAAAUUCAUUGUAUUCCCUUCCCGAACUCUACAUCUAUUGGUUCCGGGAAGGGGACAACGUAAAGAGUGAUGCUGUGGCCACAAACAACCCAAACAGACGAGUGAAGCCAGAGACCAAGGGCCGAUUCCACCUCCUCGGGGACCCCUGGAAGAACAACUGCUCCCUGAGCAUCAGAGACGCCAGGAUGAGUGACAAAGGGGUCUACUUCUUCCGAGUGGAGAGGGGACCUGAUGUGAAACACAGUUACAGAGAUAAGAGGCUGAAUUUGCAGGUGACAGUGCCAGCAGGGAAACCCAACAUCCACUUUCUGGAGCCUCUGGAGUCCGGCCACCCCACAAACCUGACCUGCAGCCUGUCACUAGUCUGUGAAGUGGGGCAGUUUCUCCUGUUCUCCUGGGUGGGGGAUGCCCUAGAUGAGAUGAACAAAAAGACCCUCCACUCCUCGGUACUCACCCUCACCCCAAGGCCCCAGGACCAUGGCACCUACCUCACCGGUCGUGUGGAACUCCAAGGAGCUCAGGUGACCAUGGAGAGAACCAUCCGACUCAAUGUCUCCUAUGUUCCGUGGAACCUCACCAUCAGCAUCUCCUUCAGAAAUGUCACAGCCGUCAAGUUUCUGCAAAACACCUCGUCCCUUCUCAUCUCAGAGCAUCAGGCUCUGGAGCUGCUCUGUGUUGCUGACAGCAACCCCCCUGCACAGCUGAGUUGGUUCCAAGAGUCCCCAGCCCUGAACCCCAUCCCCAUCUCCAGCACCAAGUCCUUGGAGAUACCAGGCUUAGGAGCUGCAGAAAGAGAAUUCACCUGCCGAGCUCAGAACCCUGUGGGCUCCCAGCACGUUUCCAUCCACCUUUCUGUGCAGAAAAGUCCCCCUUCCUGCAGCUGUGUGACUGAGGAGCAGCAGGGCUCCUGGCCCCUGGUCCUCACCCUGAUCAGAGGGGCCCUCAUGGGGGCUGGCUUCCUCCUCACCUAUGGCCUCACUUGGAUCUACUACACCAGGUGUGGAGGCCACUAG